AUCCUAUUUUCUCUCUCCUCGCUCUUCAAAACAAAAGGAAGAGAGAGAAAGAGAGUCAUCAGCUCCGCGUCGGCGUUUGCCUCUCUGUCAUUCCAUUUUUUAUUUUCCGUUUCUUCCCCUUUUCUUCACUUUCAAUCCAAAUCCAAACGCUAAAAAACCCCCCCCAUCAAUUCCCAGACCCCAACACCAACUACAGGCUUAUGCCCCUCCUCUUGGCUACCUAUUAUUACAUCCGGAUAACAGAAGUACUGAGGGUAAUCAAUAUUGAAGGAAGAAAGUGAGAAUGCGCAAGUGGUUUUGUUGUCUUUUUCAAGUUGAAGAUCCUAAUGAAACAAAUGAAAAUGAGCAAUUGAAAAGCCCCAGUAAUUUUGGAGAUGGUCGCCCAAAGGCCUCAAAAGCGCCAGCUCCUGUUGUAGAUGGAACAGAAAAGGCAGCACCAACAAUUGAAGUGCCUGCACUCUCCCCGGAUGAACUGAAAGAAAAAACUGAUAAUUUUGGGUCCAAAGCAUUGAUUGGAGAAGGUUCUUAUGGUAGAGUUUACUAUGCGACCUUGACUAAUGGGAAAAAUGUGGCUGUAAAAAAGCUCGAUGUUUCGUCUGAGCCUGACAGUAACGUUGAGUUUUUGACUCAGGUUUCUACAGUAUCAAGAUUGAAACAUGAAAAUCUCGUGGAAUUGCUUGGAUAUUGUGUCGAAGGAAAUCUUCGUGUAUUGGCAUAUGAAUAUGCAACCAUGGGAUCUUUGCAUGAUGUGUUACAUGGAAGGAAGGGAGUACAAGGAGCACAACCUGGUCCAGUGCUCGACUGGGUGCAGCGAGUGAGAAUUGCAGUUGAUGCGGCCAAAGGGCUAGAAUAUUUGCAUGAGAAGGUCCAACCGGCUAUUAUACACCGGGAUAUCAGGUCCAGCAAUGUGCUUCUUUUCGAGGAUUUUAAAGCUAAGGUAGCUGAUUUUAACCUCUCCAAUCAAGCCCCUGAUAUGGCAGCUCGUCUUCAUUCAACUCGAGUUUUGGGAACUUUUGGAUACCAUGCUCCUGAAUAUGCAAUGACUGGACAGCUAACACAAAAGAGCGAUGUAUACAGCUUUGGCGUAGUUCUACUUGAGCUUUUGACUGGUAGGAAACCUGUUGAUCACACGAUGCCCCGCGGACAACAAAGUUUAGUCACCUGGGCUACUCCGAGGCUAAGCGAGGACAAAGUGAAGCAAUGUGUAGAUCCAAGACUAAAGGGAGAAUACCCUCCUAAAGGAGUUGCAAAGUUAGCAGCUGUAGCUGCAUUGUGUGUGCAGUAUGAAUCCGAAUUUCGACCAAAUAUGAGCAUCGUCGUGAAAGCCCUCCAGCCACUUUUGAAACCCCCCGCACCUACCGGUCCACCUGCCCCAGAGUCUUGAUGGAAAUGCACAUGGUUGGUUUCGUCUCGAAGUUUGAAUUCUUGCGAAUGCUUCAAAUAGUUUCUCUCUUAUAUGCAGUGAAAUUUGACUGGAUAACUUCAUGCAUACCCCUUGUAUUUCAUUGUGUAAAUGGCGAGUUCGGAUGUCGAGAAUUGUGGUACCGGGUUUCGAGCCUCGGGAGGUCUUAAGAAGAGUGAUGAUUGCUGGAUGUGUGAAGUAUCUGUUUCUGAAUAAUAAUAGAAUUCCCUCCAUUUACACUUUCUUCUGUCUUCUCAAAACUGCAGAGUGCAGAUUCACACGAGGCUUAUAAGGUCUUUUCUUUUCUCUUGUUAUAUUUUGUUCUUCAACUCUGAUCUAAACAGAAACUUGCUUUAUGGAUUUCGCUUUAUAUAGAAAUGAGCUUGAGUCCUAUGGAGAUUGAAUUGAA